AUGCUCGGCGGACUCCUGAACCCAGAGUUCCGCCCUGAUCACCUCUUCCCCUUCGGCGUUUUCGCCGCCGUCAAGCUCGCCGGCUGGGCCGUCAAGCUCCUGUUCUCCUUCUGCUACCGGCCAGACGCGCCAGAGCAUUCCGGCGAGCAUACACCCUACCUGGCCGCGCACACGACGCUUGUUUGCCCUGUGCUCUCGCCAAGCCUGCCGGCCCUGAAGCUCGCGCUCUAUUCUUGGGUGGCCUGCCGCCCAUCCUCUAUUCUCAUCGUCGCCUCGGUCAACGAGGCCGACCAGAUCGAGCGCGCGGUGAGCGAGGCGCUCUCCACCUACCCGGACGGCCGCUUCGUGUGCCGCAUUCGGGUGCUCGAGGCAGACCCUGGGGCGGGCAAGCGCGACAAGAUGAUGGCCGGCGUCGAGGCGUGCGAGGCCUCGACCGGAGUGGUUGUCUUUGUGGAUGACGACGUGACUUGGCCUCCGAGCAUGCUCCGCUGGCUGCUCAAGCCGUUCGAGCGUCGAAACGUCGGCGGCGUGGGCACGUCGCAGGCCAUGCGUCCGCUCCGGGAGGACGGCGCCGAGACAUCGUGGGAGGCCCUCGACGGCGGCUGCCAGUGCCUCUCCGGCCGCACCGCCGCCUACCGUCACCACAUCGUGGCCGACCCGGUCUUCAAGUCCCUCUUUCUGCGCGAGACGUGGCGAGGCGCGGAGACCACGGUCUGGCGGCGCCACCCCCUCCUCGGACUCAUCCUCCUCGAAAAGAUGACCACCCCGCUCACCUUCGCCGCCGGCGCCGCCGUGGCCGUGCACGGACUGGCCUACUCGCUCCUCCUCUCGCGCGCAGUCCGGCUGCUCCCGCACUUCGCUCGCCGGCCGAGCCACCUCCUCUACUUGCCCGACGCCGUCCUCUUCGCGCCGCUCCUCUCCGCCCUCCGCGUCUACGCCCUCUGCACCCUCCGCACGGCCGCGUGGUACACGCGAGGGCACGGAGGGUGCGGCAGCUCGCUCCUCUACGCCUGCGACCACCUCGUCCUCCUCCUCCCCCUCGUCCUCUUCGCCCUCCUCGUCACCGCCCGCUACUUCGCCGUUGGCGCCGAGUGGCCGCUCCCGCCGCCGCCGCCGCCUCCGCCGACCUCGCCGCCCGCCCUGCUCGAUCCGCCUCCCGCUGCCUCGCUGCCUGACUGGCUGCGCACCGCCGCCCCGUGGCUCCGAGGCGGAGAGCAGCAGGAGCAGUCUCUCGUGUGGGGCGUGGCGGCGCUCGCCCUGGCCCUGGCCUGCCUCUGCUCCCUGGGCGGCGUCGGCAUGCGCGCCGCCCUCUUCAGCUGCUGGCGGACCUGCCGCGACAAGAGGACGAGGGGGCGGCGGGGCGGAGGCACGCAGCAGCGAGGCAGAGGCUCCUCGGGCGCGGUGGAGCUCAUCGACGAGCCUCACGCCCUCGCCACCGCGCCGCACGAGGACGAGUCUCCGUGGGACGUGCCGGGCCUCUCUCCGCCAUCCUCGCGCGGACCCGACACGCCCGGCCAGGCGCCCGCUGCGUCGCCCGCCUCGAGGCUUGCCCCGUCGCACAGGGCGACGCGCGAGCGCGGCGGCGGGACAUCCGCCACAGGAGGCGAGGAGAUGGUCGCGCCGGAGGAGAAGGCGGUGCGCAACCUAGCGCUGCAGCAAGUCGUGCUCGACAUGCAGGACAGCCGCACCGCCCUCGGCGCCGAGCAGCCGCCGCGGUCGACGAAGCGCCGGAGCCUCCCGCCGAACGCGUCGCAGCGGUUCGGCUGGGGCCAAGUCUCGCGCACCGCUGGAAGGGUGGCCAAUGCUGCAGACCUCGCCGCAAGGUUUACAGCGCGCCCCAUGCUGAGCCUGCACCCCGAGCGGAGGGGAGCGGCGCCGCCGGCCGCCGCCGCCGGGCAGGAGGACGAGGACGAUGUCUGGACGGCAGCCAUCUCCCCCGCAGUCCGGAGGACCGCCGCCAGCAACCCCGACCGCGAAGCAAUGCCCUCGCGCCCCGCGCCGCAGCCCAUGCCGCCGAAGCGCAGCUACGAGUGGGGGGCGAGUGGGUAG